AUGCCUAUAUCAAAAAACAAUCAACUAUCUGUUAAGUCAAUCUAUAUGAACUCGACCAUAUGGAAGCUCUCUUCUUCUAUAUUUGACAAUUCCAUUACUUCACUCAACUAUGACGACUUCACAGACUUCGACCCUGACUCGGACGCUUUUGAGGGCUUCAUAGCUACAAACUUGACCAUGGCGGUGGUAGCAAAAGCAACAACUUGGAUGUUACAUGAGGAGCACGUGCCAUUUCUGGGGGUGAAACUGCCAAGCCAGAUGCAAGAAUGCUCCAUUUUUCAGAGUUCUAAGCCAAAAAAGGUUGCUCAGGUUUCAAGUCUUGUGGAAACAAAUAUUCACUCUUUCACAUAUAAAGCACUCAAGAAGGCAACACAUGACUUCAAUGAAGAAGUGGGAAAGGGUUCCUUUGGCAUUGUGUACAAAGGCACCCUUAGAUCAAUAACCAACAAUGUUGUUGCAGUGAAAAGAUUGGAUAGAUUAGUUCAAGAACGGGAGAAGGAAUUCAUGAAUGAGUUGAGUGUUAUUAGAAAAUCAUGCCAUAAAAAUUUGGUACAAUUGAUUGGGUUCUGUGAUGAAGGAGUCCAUAGACUAUUAGUGUAUGAGUUUAUGAGCAAUGAUACUCUUGCAGAUAUUCUAUUUGGAAAUCUUAAACCCAAUUGGGAUUUAAGGGUUAACUUUGCUCUAGGAAUUGUAAGAGGAUUGCUUUACUUACAUGAAGAGUGUGAGGCUCCCAUAAUUCACUAUGAUAUAAAACCUCAAAAUAUAUUGAUCGAUGGAAAUUUCGUGCCAAAGAUCUCAAAUUUUGGGUUGGAAAAGUUGAUGUAUUCCAAUAAGAGCCAAACCCAUACGAUGAUGAAAGGAACAAAAGGAUAUGUAGCACCAGAAUGGUUCAAGAAUGUUCCAGUGACUGCUAAGGUGGAUGUGUACAAUUAUGGAGUAAUGCUGUUAGAGAUAAUUUGUAACAGAAGAAGCGUGAAGAUGGAUAUUGAAAAAGGGAAGGAAGAAGAGGAAAUACUAAUAGGUUAG